CUGUAUUCGUUUGUCAUCAACAAUGCAUCCAACACCAGCCGCAGACUGUGCGAGGAGGGAUUGAUUUCGAACUUAGCUGGCAGACCUCACUAGAAUGACUGUCUUCUCCCAGUUCGGUUGCCUUGGGAACCCCACUCAAAUGCUACAUGAGCUUGGUCGGGCAGUGGAGCGUGCGCGGCAUUGGAAGUCCACUUUCAAGCGGCAAUUCUUCCUCGCGGCAGUUUCGCUGGGGAAGUGUGAGCUCGGCAGCCAGCUGGUGGUCUACAAGGAUGGUGUGGAGUACAUCGGCACCCUGCCCGCAACAGCAAAGCCGUUCCUGCUCUUCGGCAUGACGUUUGUCCCCAGCAGGCCGCGGGGGGCGCCGGCGCCCGAGAACCCCCCCGUGCCAGUGACCUUGAUGGAGCUCACGGGGUCCAAGUCAAAGCCCGAGCGGGCAUGCGACUACGUGCGGGUGCAGGAAAUCAUGGCGGGGCGAGAGGGGUGGCUGCAGGCAGACCUGAGCGGCAAGGCAAGAAUGCUGCUGGAGAUUGCCGCACUGGAGGGCGCUCCCACACCGGGCACCCUCGCAGCAAACAACCCCACGUACAACUACGCGGUCCGCGCUUUUGAGGAUGCCGCACAGGAGCUGACCAACAAGGCCGUGGCGCAGCAGCUGGCAGAGGCGCAGGCGCAGCAGCUGGCAGAGGCGCAGGCGCAGGCGCAGGCGCAGCAGCUGGCAGAGGCGCAGGCGCAGGCGCAGCAGCUGGCAGAGGCGCAGGCGCAGGCGCCGGUGGUACUGGGGUGGUCACCCGAAGACCAACAGCCUGGCGGCUCGGCUGGGCCCGCGGAGUACGUGCCGGCUACAGAGCUCACUGAGGCGGGCAGUGAUGCCGGCACCGACACGACACAGGACACAAAGCAGCUCGGCGCCGCCAGUACCCGCACCAGCGAGCCGCCUGCACGUCGCGUACCUGCUUCUUUGACCCAGCAGCGUAUGGCUGGGGAGGUCAGCAACAGCGGCGCAAGUGGUGACACAUGUGGGCGCACGGUAGCAGUCAGCGGCAUAGAUGGCAGCUCGAGUGGGCGCGCAGGGGCCAGCAGCGGCGCAGCCAGUGGCUCGCUGCCAGCACCACCGGCCAGGGCAGCGCAGAGGAGCAGUGCGCGGUUGGCCGCACCGCGUGGUCAACGCAACGUAACUGGACCGGUGAGAGGGCAUGCAUCCCCUGACAGCUAGAACGGCGGGCGGGGCCGGGUGGCGGGGCGGCCACAUUGGGAAGGUGAAUAUGCUUGUCAAUUAGGUUGUGUGGGAAAUAGAACAGGUUCAUCAGUGUGGCGGCAAGACAAACCAAGUUGACACGCGCUGUCACUCGUCUGGGUUCUGUCUGUGUUGCACCCUAGCAUUCUUACGGCUUCGUCCAGUCCAGAAGUUCCCGGUUCUAAUUAAGCCUAAUUUUUGAUGGUAGUUGCGACAUCAUUAUCUGACACCGUGCGGAAGUGAAGGUGGGGGUGGGUGGGGGCAGCAGUUGUUUGUUUGCUGCAAUCGCACGUCCAUUGACGCAACUCUAAACUGCUGGUUCUACGGACUGAGACUGUGUGAGAAUCAAGAAGCCACUAGAAAAGCUUAAAGUUACA